AUGUUAAGGUCUUGUGCUUUGGACUUCAAAGGAAAUUGGGACGAGCAUUUGCCAUUGGUUGAAUUUUCGUAUAAUAACAGUUAUCAUGCCAGCAUUGGAAUGCCCCUGUACGAAGCUCUUUAUGGAAGGAAGUGUAGAUCCCCGAUAUAUUGGGAUGAAGUUGGAGAAAGGAAGGUAAUUGGCCCAGAAUUGAUUCAGCAAACAAAGGAAGCAGUAGAUGUGAUUCGAAGCAGAUUGAUUGCAGCUCAAGAUAGGCAACAGAAGUAUGCUGACCCGCACAGAAAGGAUGUUGAGUAUGAAAUUGGAGAAUCCGUUUUGCUGAAAGUGUCACCUUGGAAAGGAAUAGCAAGAUUCGGAAAGAAAGGGAAACUGAGUCCAAGAUUUAUUGUGAGUGAGUUUAAUGAGUUUCAACUUGGUAAGAUCAUGGCAGUCCCCACAGCAAGUCAAGGUGUUCUGUGCCAACUUGGCAUGGAGGCCCAAGGAGGCCUGAGCAAGGCCUUAGUGUAA